UCUGUAAUAUGUAAUCCUAGCCGUCACGUAAAUCUGUGUCUUUUUUAAGUUUCUGUUUGAUUGUGCUCUUUAAUCCUAUUCCGUCACAACAGAUUUUAUCUUGUAAUCAAAAUGUCUCUUAUACGAACAAAAGAAAAAGGAAAAUGUUUUACAAAACACAACAAUGAUUCUUCACGUGAGACAUAACUCAGAAAUACGUAACGUCAAUAAAUUAUUAGCAAUUUAGCAUGUUCAAGCUUUCUUUGAUCGAGAUAUAAAUUUUGUAAAAUUAUGUUUCGUUAAAUUCGAAUUUGAGAUCAUUAAUCACUCACACACACACACAAUUUUUGUGUUUAUUUUAUUCCGCCAUGGCUCCUUGUGAUUUUUGAAAUUAUGCACCUAGUAAUUUCAUUCUUCCAUAUUUUUUUUUGUCAUUUUAUAAAAAAGUGGGAGUAAAAGUAAACAAAAUCCCAAAAAAAUUGACGGGAACGGGAAAGUAUAGAUUUGAAUUUAAAUAAAAUAAAUAAACAUUUAUGAAGCAAAAAAACUUAUUCCUACUAAUUUAUUUUACUACUUCCACACCCAACUCCUCUAUUACCCAGAGAAUUGGCAAUAGCAAAAUCAGGAAAUCUCUCGAUCCACGCAAUUUCCUUCCUCUUCAAUACAGCGCCAAUUCCUUCACAUUUCCUCUCUCCUUCAUUUUCCCAAAUUCCCCUCCGUUUCUUCUUUUUCAAUUUCCCCCAAUUUUCUGAUAGCGCACAUUCACUUGUAGAGAGAGAGAGAGAGUGAGAGAGAGAGAGAGAGGAGAGGCGGAGAGGAUAGGGAAGAAGAGGAAAAUGUCGCCAACAAUGGUGGCUAAACAAGCCGAGCAACUCAGACAAGACGGUAACACGUACUUUAAGAAAGAUCGGUUGGGUGCCGCCAUUGAUGCUUAUACUGAGGCUAUUGCGUUGUGCCCUAAUGUUCCGGUGUAUUGGACGAAUCGGGCUCUUUGUCAUCGCAAGCGGAAUGAAUGGGCACGCGUGGAGGAGGAUUGCAGGAGAGCGAUUCAGCUCGAUCACCACUCUGUAAAGGCACACUAUAUGCUUGGUCUUGCUCUGCUGCAAAAGAAAGAAUAUGCAAAAGGUGUGAAGGCAUUAGAGAAGGCAUUGGACCUUGGCAGGGGUGCGAACCCCCAAGGAUACAUGGUAGAAGAAAUAUGGCAAGAGCUCGCAAAAGCAAAAUACUUGGUUUGGGAGCAUGAGUCUACCAAGCGGUCUUGGGAACUUCGGAACUUAAAACAAGCUUGUGAAGCAGCCUUGAUAGAGAAACGAAAUCGUGAUGCUUCUGAAAAAGAAGGUUUUGUCGAUGAAAUUGACCAGUCUUUUUUAGAUCAAUUGAAAGCCUUGAACCUAGUAUUCAAGAAAGCUGCAGAAGAUGAUACCCCAACGGAGGUGCCAGACUACCUGUGCUGUAACAUCACUUUGGACAUUUUUCGUGAUCCUGUAAUUACUCCAAGUGGGGUGACAUACGAAAGAGCAGUAAUCCUAGAUCAUCUACAAAAGGUGGGAAAAUUUGAUCCCGUUACCCGUGAGACACUACAUCCGUCUCAGUUGGUACCAAAUCUGGCCAUAAAAGAAGCUGUGAGAGCAUACCUGGAGUUGCACGGCUGGGCCUAUCGGAUGGAUUGAAGCUGUUUUGGUUCUUCGAUUUGUUCAUGUAAGUAUUUGUUGCGUCUCUCCAGCAGUACGGGGAUAACAGAUUCGUAAUUCUUACUUUAGUUGAGCACGUUAGAACAACCUAAAGUCUAUCAAUCAUUGUGUCCGUUGCAUAACAUAGAUAUCCAAUUUCAUUAGUGGCAGAUUAGAGGCUUACAUAGUUUUCAUCAUUUUCGAAUGUAUAGUCACCAGAACCGAACUUGUACAGUGUUUUGUCGCAGACUUUUCCUUGGAGACGAAAAUCUUGUUUUGUUGCCUCCUCGAGCUAUUCCUACUCUCAGAUGUUCUCCUGUUGCGGCUAAAGUUUGAAAUGAAAAUCUUGCAUCUUAUCUUGAA